CCCGCUGGCAGUGCUGGGGUUUGGAUGCAAAUAUCACGGCUGUGUGACUACUUGUCUGAGUUGGAUGCAGUUCGACGCUCCAAAGUGGAUUUAAAAAAGCGCAACUCGCCGGAGCUUCAGUGCAAAAAACGCGCGUCAUGACUGAAGAAGACGAAAUAAAAAAAGUCUGAGUGAUUAAUUUCAUCAUCGGAAUACAUAUAUUUUUUUAUGCAUAUAAUCUUUUUACUGGAGGAAUUUAUUUUUGCACAUUUUUUUUUUUUCUGUCUUGUGCACUCAUCCUCUACACUGCAGCCUGCUGGGAAGUUGAACAUUUUGACAGACAGAUGUGAAAGAAAUGAAAUCAUGUGUCUUUUUUAAAUGAUGACAGAGAAAAAGUUGCAUGGGGGUAUCCUGUAGGAGGAGUUCUUUGUGACCAAACAAGUAACGGAUUUUCCCCUUAUAAAAAAGGAAAUUGAGUCCCGACCGUUCAAUGAACAGCAUUAUCCGGAGACCCCUCUGUACAGCAGGUCCUGGUAAAAGCAGACGUGUUCUGACACAUAGUCAAGAUCCUGCAUCCAUCUUUUUUCAAUCUGCACGCCUGUAUUUUAGUGCCUCCUCAGAGCAUCUUUAAUAAGACACAUGCUUGUGAUCUCAGGCACUCACUGAGAGGAAAACCCUCUUCGAACAGCGGGUUCCCAGCUUCCAGCCCACCCCAUGGGUUGAACCACCAGAAGUACAGCAAUCUCCUCUCCAUUCACUCCUCCUCUUCAUCCUCCAGACAAUCCCCCGUCCGUCCUACAACCCUGCGCUGUCUACUCCCUUUGCCAGUACUACCACCAGCGUGAUGGCUUGUCGUGCCUGGAGCUUGUUUGGACUUGCAACCGCAGCAUCACCCUCCACUACACAGACUCGCGGAAGCAGCAGCCACUAGAGUGAAAGAUCCAGAAGAGAAGAGAGCAGCACCACAGGAGAGAGGAGGAGGAGGGAUCAUCUGUCCCAGCAGCAGAGGGAUCCACCUGUCCCACAGAGGAAGGGGGCCCCCCCACCUGAUCCAUCUGGUCGCAGGGGGGGACCCUGCGUGGCCGCGAAGGCAACAGGGACUAUGCAGCUGGGACUGGUGGCGCUGGCAAUGGUCUUCCUCAGCUCCAUGGGUCACAGCGAUGCUCUCAAGCUCUCCAAGGCGAGAAGGCAGAGACGGGUUAGUACUGAGUUGCCACCAUCUUGCCCCAAAGGCUGCGAAAGAUGCUCUGAGUAUAACGGCUGCAUUAAAUGCAGGCCGAAGCUCUUCAUCUUCCUGGAGCGCAAUGACAUCCGUCAGAUAGGCGUGUGCCUCGCCUCCUGCCCCGUGGGAUACUUUGGCAUGAGGAACCCAGAAGGCAACAACAGAUGCACCCAAUGUAAAAUAGACAAUUGUGAAGCGUGUUUCAAUCGCAAUUUUUGCACAAAAUGUAAGGAGGGCUUGUAUUCACACAGUGGGCGAUGUUAUGUCAGCUGCCCUCCAGGCCAGCGCACCGCCAAUGAGACCAUGGAGUGUGUCGGUCAGCGUCCUGCAGAGUGCGAACUGGGCGAGUGGAGCCAAUGGGGUUCCUGUACGAAGAAGAACAAAACAUGUGGAUUUAAGAAAGGCUCCCAGUCUCGGGUUCGCGUGCCCCUUCUGCAAGUCCCCAGCCCAGACACCUCCCCGGCCUUUGUGCCCUCACAGACCUGUGCUCCACAGACAGAGAGGAGGAAGUGCGUCGUGACCAAGACGCCCUGUGUGAGAGAGAGGAAGAGUAAGGGAGACCGACAAGAUGAUCCAAACAGGAGGGAGAGGGAGAACGCACGCGGACGAGGAAGCCGUGUAGGAGGAGGAGGAGGAGGUGGAGGAGGAGGAGGAGGAGGGGGAGGAGGAGGAGGGAAGAGGCGAAAAGGCCAGAGCAGGACCACCACUGCUCCCAGCAUCACAACCAGCUCUGUCAGCUAAACUCCAUCGCCUGCUGGAUGGGGCCCGAGAGAAAAAACAGAGACAAUGCCUCACCCAGCGGCACCAGCCAAUAGACAAAAGGUCAAAGUGAUGAAGGGAUGGAUUAAUGCUGCUAUGCAUUGUAGACGAUGCAAAGAGAACUGGAGAAUUGCUGCAACGCAAAAAGCUUCUGAGCUUUUUGAAUAGAUGAACAUUAUCUGGAAGAUACUGGUGUCUUAGCGGUGUGUCCAGAAAGACUUGUUGAGUUUCAUUCCACCGUGAGGGAUCACUGUUGGACUCGUUGAGGAUUGCGGUUCGACGUGGUUCGUGUUAUGAACCCGGCACUAUGUCACGUCUUGAACUGAGAACAUAUUCCUGUGAUUCAAAUGCAGCAUUCAAGCUGGAAGCCUGAUAAUGAAUGAAGGGGUCUCCUCUGGUCUGUGAUGUAUUUUGUUCCAGUCCGAUUUUAAUCACAAUCUGUUCUUCAUUUGUGUUUUGUGAGAAGCGGCGGAUGGAUUUCCUCAAACAGCCGCUGUGCGUGAUGUAAAGACAAUGGAUAGCAUUAAAUCUUUGUACCUUUAUUUCCUAUUGUGAGAUGAAACUAAAAAAGAAAGGCACUGGAAAUCAUUUGUGGUCAUUGAGGACAGAAAGUCUUCUGUACAGUGUGUUAUUUCGAGGAGGGAAUCCGUUACAAAAGAAGUUUAAGAGAAGAUGUUGGAGGAUUACUGGCUCAUAUCCUUCUCUGGUGUCUGGACACAAACUUUUUGCCAUUUGAUAGCGUAGUUGUUUGUUCCGAAUUAAAUGUUGGUGUAUAGCUCUGCACAGAAAACGAGGAGUAAAAACACAAGUAUUUGCAUGUGUACAAGGUUGCAUGUGCGUGCCUUUGUGCAUGCAAACGUGUGUGUGCGUGUGUGUGUGUCUCUACCUAAAGUCUGAGUGUACUUUGUAUGCAUUUCUGCACGGAAUCCAGUUGUUUGUCAAUGGUCGUUUGUACAUGUGUGUUAACGUUUGCACAUGUGUGUUAAUAUUGGUCUCAUAGAUUGAAGGAAUAGGUUCUGGAAAACAAGAGGAAGGAAAUGUAAAUGCACAGUGAUAUAUCGAAUAUGCAGUAACUACAAGCCACCGAUUAUCAUAUAAGCCAUCAAAUCAUCAGCUGCUCAGUAACCACGUCUGUUUGCAACAGGGUCUGAAGAUUUUGCACAACUAUAAUGUUUCCUACUGCUCAAGUUUCAGAACAAUCAUAGCAUUUUACACAUUUAUACUCCAAAAGCUUCAUUACAGAUCCGGAGAAUGUUUUCCAUGGGUCUGUUCGCUUUACACAAGAUAUUAGUUUCAGGAGAAGUGUUACACGCUACAUUAUUCAUUCAUACUAUGGAUUGUGAUGUUGAAUAUGUCAAACUGUGUUUAUCAUCAAACAUAAGAAGUAUUAGAAUCAUCAUGUAUAGCUUAUUCUGUGAAAGCCUAAAUAAAGUUCAGAUGAAGCUGACGGAAACUUCAGUCAUACACUGA